AUGUCGCAGCAGUUUGUCUACGCUGUGUCAGUGGCAAUCACUGCCUUGAUCCAGGGAGGAGGAUUCCUGGUGGCCUAUGCCCUUCAGACUGAGACGUUCUACGAUAUCCUUGGAGGGGUCAACUUCCUGGCUUUGGCCCUUUGGUCUGCUUCGAGCGGCACUUUGGAUUCGCGCAAGAUCUGCACUACAGUCUUGUUCGUGUGCUCCAGGGGUUGGCUGCUGGUCUUCCUGGCCUGGCGUGCGCAUGAACGCAAAGGUGAUGCGCGCUUCGACGACAUCAAGGGCAAGUUCAUAUCUUUUAUGAAAGCCUGGUUUGUGCAGGGAAUGUGGGUAAUGCUCAUCUCGAUGCCAGUCCUAUUCAUCAAUUCUUCGGGCGCGAAAUCGCCAUUGGACCUCUCUGAUGCUGUUUUUAUGCUGGGCUUUGCCCUGUGUGUUGGGACAGAGAUCUUGGCAGAUAUCCAGAAAGCAGUCUGGGUGAAGAAAGGCCGUCCUGGUGGCUUCUGCCAGGAAGGGCUUUGGGGUUUUUCGCGGCAUCCGAACUACUUCGGUGAGAUUUAUCAAUGGUGGUUUGCCUGGGCACUAGCAUAUAACAGCUCGGAAGCUCCAGCAGGCUACCUUGACCCUCUUUGGUGGUCCUGUGCGAUCUCGCCGAUUUUCACCAUGCUCAUCUUGCUCCACCUGAAGCCCACUGGGAUUUACAACGCUGAGGGGAAGAACCUCAAGAGAUAUUACGACCAAUGUCCUGAGGAAUAUACCAAGUAUCGAGAGAGCACUUCCAUUCUCAUUCCGAUGAUUGGCUACAAAUACAUUCCUCUGCCUCUGAAAAGGAUCAUAUUCUUCGAGUACAAGAAGUACGAAUACAAUCCAAAGGUUGCAGGAGAAGUGAAGAAAGAGAAGAAGCCAGCUGAAGGCUAUCCCCAGGCUUGCUUGAAAUGUUUUGAACCGUGCGCCUUUGUUGGAUUGAGCCCACAUCCAUUGAAAACAUGGACGCAGUCUGCUCGAGCUGUGCGAAGCCUGCGAUUUGCCGAGUCCGAGCCCGUGGCGACAGAGGCGCCCGAAUUCUCAGAGCCAGCUGAGUUGCCGACACCGAAGACCUGGCGAGAGCUCAGACGAAACCGACGCUUUGAUCACAGUCCUGGCAACUGGUGGCGCACCCAGCUCCUGCCAGAGAAGGAGGCGCAAGACCCAAAGCUUGUUCAGUCCAACUUAGUGCGAGCCAGAAGCCUUCCAAGACUUCUCUACCUCUUGCAGGGAGACCUGGAGAAAUGGAACGGCGUGAACCUGGCCACCGCCUGGCAUCGCUUGGCCAAGUUCUGCCAAGCCGCCGGCAGCGCCGGCACCGCCAGUGCCCGCACCCGCGGCUCCAAAGCUCGGAACGCCGAUGAAGCGAAUGAACAGGAUUUGCAAGUGGAAGCCCCAGACUUCAGAUGA